CAUUCUUCCAAAGGAUCUCUAUAAAUUCUCUCCAUUUUUGUACUGAAAGAUGAAUCCGAUCUCUCACUUACAUACACGUAAUGGGGUUUUUUUCUAAGUACAGAAAGUACCAGGUUUUGCAGAUUAUUAUCUCAACCGUUUUCAUAUUGGGAUCAUCACUAGCUGGUUCAACACUCGCAGAAUACCACCAAAAUACGGUAGAGUACAAAGCGAUAAAUUGUCGAAAGCAUAGUGCAGUUUUGACAGAUUUUGGAGCAGUUGGCGAUGGAAAAACAUCCAACACAAAGGCUUUUGAAGAAGCAAUUAAGAAACUAAGCAAGUAUGCACCAGAUGGUGGAGCACAACUUAUCGUACCCGCAGGAAAAUGGUUAACUGGGAGUUUUAAUCUCACCAGCCAUUUCACUCUUUUUCUUCAUAAGGAUGCUGUUCUUCUUGCUUCUCAGGAUGAGGAUGAAUGGCCACUGCUCACCCCAUUGCCCUCUUACGGGGGAGUAAGAGAAAACGCUGCUUUUGGAAGGCCUGGUGGUCUCAUUUUUGCUUCAAACGUAACCGACGUCAUAAUUACUGGCAACAAUGGCACGGUUGAUGGCCAGGGUGCAGUAUGGUGGGAAAAGUUCACAGAGAAAAAACUGAAAAAGCUGGAGAGGCCUUAUCUGAUCGAGAUCAUGUACUCUGAUCAGGUUCAAAUAUCGAAUAUAACCUUGAUUAACUCUCCGCAAUGGCAUGUUCAUCCUAUUUAUAGCAGCAAUCUGUGGAUUCAGGGGGUGACUAUUCUGGCACCGGUUGAUGUUCCCAAUACAGAUGGGAUUAACCCAGAUUCAUGCACUAAUGUUAUAAUCGAAGAUUGCUACAUCGUAUCUGGGGAUGACUGCAUCGCAGUUAAGAGUGGACUGGAUCAAUAUGGAAUCAAAGUUGGGAUGCCUAUGAAGCAACUAGUCAUAAGAAGGAUAACAUGCAUUUCCCCUAAGAGUGCUGCCAUUGCUCUUGGAAGUGAAAUGUCCGGUGGAAUCGAGGAUGUUAGAGUUGAAGAUAUCACAGCCAUUAACACUGAAUCAGCUGUUCGAGUCAAAACCGCUGUUGGAAGAGGAGGUUAUGUAAAAGACAUUUUUGUGAGAAGAAUGACCCUAAAGACAAUGAAGUAUGUCUUUUGGAUGAUAGGCUCUUAUUCGUCACACGCUGAUGAGGGAUAUGAUCCAAAAGCACUGCCUGAGAUCACAAAUAUAAAUUUCAGAGAUAUAGUAGCUGACAAUGUAACGAUUCCGGGGAAACUAGAAGGACUCGGCGAGGGAAAUCCUUUUACAGGGAUUUGCAUUUCUAAUGUAACAAUGACCUUGGCUGAGAAACAUAAAGAACCAGCAUGGAACUGCACUGAUGUAUCGGGAGUUUCAAGCAAUGUGACUCCCAUGCCAUGUGCUGCGUUGCCAAAGAAAAGCAUGGAUUGUCCCUUUCCAGAAGACCAACUUCCGAUUGAGAAAGUUAGGCUCCAAACUUGUUCUGCCACUAGCUAGAUCAUGCCCCAUCCAGCCAUUGCGGUUCUCCUAGAGAUGAAUAAAAUAGGUUGAGGUUCCUAGACAUUAACGAAUUGCAGAAUAUUGUUUGUGUUUUGUAAGCCCAGAUAAGAGAAAUGUGUAAAUCAAAUAAAAAAAGACUUGCAGCUUUUUCUGUUUUAGUUCAUCAGCUUAAUAUAUUUGAUUGAUCAAGAAGGAUGGAUUGAAUGGACAAAAUUAUUGAUUUAACUCAUGAUCAAAGUGACUACAGAUGAACAGAAAGUUCAUAGCUUCAUCUCUACAGAUGAAUAAAAGAUGUCUACAACCUCUCAGAAGUCAGAUUAUCCAUGAUCUGUUAGGAACAAAAUCUUCUUACACCGGCGUGAUUGUCUGGUGGAUAUUAAUCUUUCUUUCUUUCUGUCUUUCUUUCUCAUGUGUACUAAAAUCACCUUCACCAAAUUUGUCAACAGUGCGACUCUCUUGCUGCGUUUUUGCCAUCUCUCCUUUUCGACGAUCCUGCAUCAUAUAAUCGGACUAAUAAACCCAACGUGUUCUGAAGUUUUAAGAAGACAAUAUUCGUAGUUCUUACAUCAUCAAGCAAUAAGUCGCGAGGCUCAAGCAUGUGGAUCACAUCUCCCAUUGCAGGCCUCUGCUUUAUAUCACGAUCAACACACAGCGAAGAGCGAGCAAAAGCAUUCGUUUUAGUUCCUUGGAAGGUGGCAUAUCUGGCAAUUUAGGAUCCACCACAAGCGCAAUUUGAUGAUUUGCAAUCAUGGAAGUUAACCAGUCAACCAAAUACACCUGCAAUGAAUGAAUAAUUUCUAUGAUCAACAAAACAUUUUUUUAUAUACGGAGAGUAAAGUAAAACUAGUAUCUUGAAGAUAAGAAAUCUGUUCUUGAGGCUGAU